CGCUGGCGACACCUGACGGCCAUUUUGUUUUGCUUUUGUCGCCAUUGCUGCGACUUAGCUUUACCAGGCUCGAGAGGCUGUAGCACGAAAGCUUUUUUGUGAAUGCAGCGAAGCUUUAUUUGAAACAAUGGCGGGAAAGCAAAUUCAUUAUAGUCAUGCUAGGAAUAGCAAAUACUAUAGCUGUCAAUAUACAUAUAUAAGUAAUAAAAUAAAUAAAUGCAUACCACAACAUACUAGCAUCACACUGCACUACGAAGUUCGAUACACCCACGCACCCACCCAGACCUACAGCACAGAGAAUCGACCAAACUAGUUGCCUGCCCUUAGCUUCUCUACCGACGAGGCUGACAAGGCAACGCGCAACAAAUUAAAGCAGGUCAGCAAGCACAACUGAUACGCGCUAGCAACUCUACUCGACAAAGAAAUUCCGACAGUCGCCUGACUGACAACAGCUGUGGAAUGAGCGCCAAUAAAAUUUUUCUGCGCUAUUACCCGCCAGGUUUGGCUUUAAGUUAUCGAUCGGCUAAGGGCGGUGAGCGACUGCGACACUUCGAUUUGCUCGACUUGGAUGCCAAAACAAAUGUGGAGCAGCUGGCGGACAGAAUAUUGUUUGAGGAGUUGCAGGUGAGCGAGGCAGUAGCGGAUGAAGGCGCCACCUGCGCUGAAAAUGCUGCAUUAUGCCUGUCCUCCAACUCCAAGGCCUCCAGCUCCCACAACAUGUUCAGCGCACUGAAGCAAGCCAUUGAGAAGCUGCAGGCGAAGCUGCGCGAGCCGAUUAAGAAGAAGUUCUAUCUGCACAAGUGCUACAACUCGCACAUUCUGCCGCUGACCAACGUGUGCUUCGAUCGCAGCGGCGAGCGCUGCUUGACCGGCAGCUACGAUCGCACCUGCCAUGUGAUCAACACCAGCACCGGCCUGGUGCAGCAUGUGCUCAACGGACACGACAACGUGGUCUUCUCGGUGGCCUUCAAUACGCCGCGCUGGUAAGUUUGAUCGAGCAGGAUUGAUAAUGCUUAACGCUGUUUGAUUAGCGACAAGAUCAUUACGGGCUCCUUUGAUGGCACCGCCAAGAUCUGGUCGGCAGCCACUGGCCAGUGCCAGAGCACGUUGUAUGGCCACACAGCCGAGGUGGUGGCUGCCGAGUUCAAUCCUGCGCACGACCAGGGCGUGGCAACGGCCUCCAUUGAUGGCAAGGCGCGCAUCUUCGAUGCGGAAACAGCGCAGGAGCUGCAACAGCUGGGCCACCACGGCGCCGAGGUGAUUGUGGCGCGCUACUCUCGCGACGGCCAGCUGCUGCUGACAGGUUCCUUUGACCACACAGCCGCCAUUUGGGACACACGCAGCAAGAGCUGCUGCCAUCAGCUGCGUGGACACACGGCGGAGCUGUCGAACUGCGUCUGGAACUUCAGCAGCUCGCUGAUUGCAACCGGCAGCCUGGACCGCACCGCACGCAUCUGGGAUGUGCGCCGCCUGGACCAGGAGCUGCAUUUGGUGUCGACGCACAGCGAUGAGGUGCUGGACGUGAGCUUCGAUGCGGCCGGCAAGCAGUUGGCCACCAGCAGCAGCGACUGCACGGCGCGCGUCUGGAGCUUGGAGCCGUUCGAGAUGCUGUCGCUGAUGGCCGGCCACAGCGACGAGGUGAACAAGGUGUGCUUCAGUCCCAGCGGCUGCAUGCUGCUCACCGCCUCGGCGGACAACACGGCACGCCUAUGGCUGGCCGAGACGGGCCAGUGUUCCCAGGUGCUGACUGGCCAUGAGUCGGAGGUAUUCAGCUGCGCCUACAGCUACGCAGGCGACGCUAUAUUGACUGCGUCCAAGGAUAACACUUGCCGCGUUUGGAGGUGAUACGACUGGUACACUGUGCACUUCAAUUCCGAUUAA